AUGGCAACAUGGUUCCUUGUGUUUUUCUACUUUUUUCAAGGACUACCUUCCAUUAUCUUUGGGCAGCAGCGCACAGCUGGCCCUUGGCGGCACCGUAUUCAGUGGCAGAACAACGGGCAGGUUUACAGUUUACUUAGCACUGGACCAGAGUUCCAAGCCCCGGUUCGGUCCAGAACCCUGUCGAGGGUUUAUGCUAACAGCAGGGGGGGUGACACCAGCAGUAAUGUACCAGGAGUGUAUAGCAGAGCCAGGCAGGCUGAACCCAGAACCCAGCCAAGAGCAGCUUCUGCCCCAGGGCGCGAUGUUAGGCAGUAUGUCAUCCUCAAUGGCCGAGAGUCAGGGGCCAGACAGCGGUAUGAAAGCCCUCCCAGCGCAGGAGCUGAGAGCUAUCCACGCUUUAAUGGUCAGCACGUCAACGUUUCACCGGGAACUUCAACAGAUUUCACAAACAGAAGAGAAGUCGUGGAUAAUGUAGCGCGACACCCCAGAGGAGGAGAACCAGGGCUCGAUGCGCAAAACCAGCUUUUACGCACGGGCCCUGGCGCGACGCACGUCUCCCGGCAACCUGAGCAGACGGAUCACUCCAUCUCCACGCGCCUCUCAGCACCGGAGACUGAGUCCGGGGCUCCUGCCCGGCUACCUGAGAGUGCCGAUCAUUCAAACGAGGCGACUGCCGAUGGAGAAAACAUGGUUAACGACGACCCUCGAAACCCAUUCAAAAGCCACAGGAAUUCUGUUUUCUACAACGUGUAUCCGACAAGAGGCAGGGCCCACACUCAACGUCCACCUGGCGCAGGAUAUGUGACAAGAUAUUUCCAAAAUGGACUGCCAGACCUUGUGCCAGACCCAUAUGCGAUCCAGGCAGGUGCUUAUAUCCAGCGCAUGCAGAUGUACGCGCUCCGCUGUGCGGCUGAGGAAAACUGUCUGGCCAGGUCUGCUUAUGCGCCCACCGUGCGGGACAUCGACUUCAGAGUCCUCUUACGAUUCCCGCAGAAAGUGAAGAACCAAGGAACCUCUGACUUCCUACCUGUCAAGCCCAGAUAUCAGUGGGACUGGCACAGCUGUCACCAGCACUACCACAGCAUGGAUGCCUUCAGUAACUACGACCUGCUGGACGUGGUCACGGGACGUAAAGUCGCCGAAGGCCACAAGGCCAGCUUCUGUCUGGAGGACACAGGUUGUGACCCUGGAUUCAGACGACGCUAUGCCUGCACAACCCAUACACAGGGGCUGAGCCCAGGAUGCCACGAUACCUACGCUGCCAACAUCGACUGUCAGUGGAUUGACAUCACUGAUGUACCGCCAGGAAACUACAUCUUGAAGGUUACUGUAAAUCCCAAUUUCCAUGUUCAAGAGUCUGACUUCAGUAACAAUGUUGUGAGAUGUGAAAUCAUGUACACGGGAAUUUACAUUCAGACACGCAACUGCCGCAUAACAAGGGGUUGAAAUCUUCAUUUCCUAUGAUGUUUUGAGGAGUUUUGCUGCAAGACAUCUCCCCAAGUGCUGGACAUCAUCGUCACGUUACCAAGAAAAAGUUGCAGUUGGCAAAAUUGGUGUUGAUUGUGGUUAUAAAGUUCUUAAGUUGCAUUAAAUACAAUAUAUGUGAAAACCCAUUUUCUUAAGUUGAACAGUUGAAUUCAUAAGGACUUGAACACAAUUUGCAAAUACUGUCACUUUUCCUGCCUCUUUGUUGAUUAACUGCUUUAAAUAUGUAGUUUUGUUGUCAUCUGUUUUGUCUUGUUUUUCUUCUUUAUGUUACUGCUGUGUGCAAGGGAUUUAUUUCAGGAUUUAUAGUCAUUUUUUUGUAUUUGUGUCACCAAUUCUCAUGAGAGCCAAAACCAACUAAACAUUCACUGAAUUGAACACAAAGUAAGUAAGUGCCAUGAAAGAUGCCUUCAGGACCGGCUCCAUAAUUUGUAAAUCGCUAACAUAGCUUUGCAUGGUGAAUAUGAACUAAAUUUGCACAAACAGCAGAAAAAAAACAAAUAUAUGAAAUAGACGAAAUAAUCUAAGCAAAUCUGUUAUCCAUGCUUAUUCAUGAAAGUCUAUUGUUCACUCAACAUUUAGCACAACUUUUACAGUAGCAUAUCUCAGGGUUGUACAUUCAACUCAUUUCAAGUGGUCCAGGAAGGAGGUGCAAUAUUUCAGUGUGAUUUUUUUUUGUAUGCAAGCCAUGAUCUCAGCCAUGGUCUCAAAACCAUAACCAGAAUUUUCAGAGAUGAUAAAACAAUAACGAAACAAAAACUUAAUCCUGAAGUGACAAACAGAGUCAGGGUGCAGUUGACCUGGGUGUGUUUUGGUGUCGUGUUUUAUCUACCAACACCACGAACAUGCAGACUUGUGUCUUAAAUUUGAUGCAAUAUUUUCACACCCUGUCACAUGAAACAAAGUCAGGCUCAUAAUUCAGUUUGGUUUUGGUUUUGUGGCAUCAAACCCCAACGUCCUCUCAAGGCUCUUCGAAAAUGCAGCCUUUUGUUGUUUAUUUCAGUUGUGCUCUGUAUCUUUAGGGGCAGCUGUAAACAUCAAGAUCAUCUGACUUUUCCUUUAACCUCUUUGUGGUCAUGUUAAACUUCAAUUCCAUUUAAUAUCAAGAGCUAUUGUGUGUUACUGAGUGAAUGUAUAUGUUGAUACUGUUUAAAUAUCUGGGAAUUUACUACAUUCUGUUUGGUAAGUUGAGUUUAAAGCCAUUCAGUUUUUUUUAUGUGUCUUUUAUCAUAACUAAUGUAGCUAAGUUAAGUAGUAUAUAUGUGAAAUGCCCACAUUUCCUCUCUUAAGAUUUUGA